AUGUUUAACACCGGCGUUCGUUCGAUGGCAGCUGUGCGACGUGUUUACACAGAUGAAUUCGAAUCGGAUUUGGAAGCGCCUCCUGCUUCGAGCGUUAACCGCUGCAGCAAACUUCUCCUACUCCGAUCAUUUACUCAGGACAGCAACUUAACGCGCAACGACGAGCCAGUUUGUUACGAGCGAUUCCAGCGCAACGGUGCGUUUUUCGCGAUGCCUGUGCAAGAAACGGGCUAUCGUUCCUGCACGGCCGCCAAGACAACGGCGAUAACGACGAGGAAGAACAAGAUAUACUCAGAGGCGAAGGUGGACCUUGCGAGGGCGACAGCCGAAGGCGACUCGCGCAGCUUUUCUCCGGUGCCCCCACCGAGGCGUUCGAAAAACGUUUCCGUUCAGCAGAUGAAUCAAAUACUGGACGAUGUGAAAUCGGAGCAAACUUUUAGCCGAGUCAUUCGAUCGGUAAAUCCGACGAAUAUCGACGACUGCUUGCCGUUCUCAUCGUGUUUGCUUCGCCUCGAAGACUUUUAUCUGGCUUGUCAUUCAGCAACAGUGCCGGCGAAGCUGUUGAUCCGCUCGGUGAUCGAUCUCGUGCUCUACCACAAUGAACUUAAUAAAAUGCUAAGUGAAACAAGGUUUCAAGAGCUGGAAGAAGAGCUUAGGAAAAUUGAGCUGGACUUUAGGGCUCAGCGAAGUUAG